AUGGACACCGGGGUCGGACGGACCCCUCCUCCUGCGGCGGCGGCGGACGCCGGCGAUGAGCCACGGGACGCGCGUGUCGUGAAGGAGAUCUUGCGUUCGGUGGGGCUUAAUGAAGGGGAUUACGAGCCGGCGGUGGUCCACCAGUUCCUGAGGCUCGCCCACCGGUACACCGGCGACGUGCUCGGCGACGCGCUGGCCUACGCGGAUCACGCUGGCAGGGCGUCGCUCCAAGCAGACGACGUCCACCUCGCCAUCCGCUCCAACGCAACGUUCGGCCACGAGCCGCCGGGCCGCGAGGUUUUUCUUGAAAUGGCUCAUAGCUUGAACAAAAACCCUCUACCCAAGCCCCCUCCCGGAUCAACCUGUCUGCCACAUGAUCAAGACAUGAUGAUGGGACAAAAAUACUUAUGCAUUCCACAAAUGAAGCCACCGACUGAUAAUGUUAAGGGAACCAAGAGCGACAACACCUGCGAAACCUCCAAUCCUAAAGUUGCUUCUCCCAGUUGCAACAAUGAAGAUCAAACUAGUAGUAGUAAUCAACAAUGUUCUAAGAGGAUUUCCUCCCAACUCAAUGCUAUGGCCGCUAGGGCAGCAAGGCGAUGUAUAAUGAAGAACAGAAGAUCCAAAAUGUCCCAGCCUUGAAUAUAUGAUUAAUUUCUGUUCAACUCAUUAUGUGUUUUUUGUUUAAUUAGUUUCUUGUUGGUGGAAAAAUCUAGCAUGAUGAUGUAAAAGGGUUGUUGGUACACCAACAAGUGCAUCUCAACUUGGCACAUCUAAACUUUAUGCAAAUCCCUUGCUAGUGGUCAUGAUUGUUUCCAUAAAUUGUUGUGUACAUGGUUAUUGGAUUGUGUCACGCCAAAAAAUUAUUGUAUACAUGGUUAUUGGAUUGUGACGUGCCAAAAAUAGCAUGGAGGCUAAAACCCCA